AUCUUUGCUUCGUCUCGUCUGCCAUUAAUGGGAGCGGUGACAGACGAAGAAGCUGCAGGUCUGCGUUAUGUAGUGUUUCGUACACCGCCUUGGUUUGUGUCUAGCGGAACGAGUAUUGUCAAAGCGGAAACUACGUAUUAUCUCGGAACUGAAUCACUUACUGUUUCUAAAGAUGAAAAUUAAACACCGAUAGGGCAAACACGCAAGUAUAACCACAGGGCAACAUAUUUAAAGAUAUCGUAAACAUUCCUACUGGUUGCUGUGAGAAUAUAAUCUAACUGCGCCGUCAGUUUUGGCGGCAGUUGGACAUUAACGUGUAAAACCGUCCAUUACAUACAAUUCUAGUUAUUUUAUAAUAGCGGAAGACGAGAAGAAUUCACAACAAGAAGAAACUGGAUUUGUGUGUGUGUGUGUCUUUAGGAAAUAAGUUGAUUCCGGUUAGGGAGCAUGUAAUUCGUUUUCCGCUGGAGCUAUGCGCGUUCCCGUCAGGAAUACCUAAACCUGUUGACAACAUUCGACACAACAUGGCGGUUUGGAGGCGUGCACCUUCUCUUCUACCACUGGCAGUUGGCAGCAUGAAAAGUUAAACAUGGAGGACAGACGUAUGUGAUGUGUGACAGCGGGCAUCAGCAGGGAGCCAUGAAAACAGCUACUCUUGUCUUCUAUGGCGUCGCUCUGGGGCUGCUGUUGGUCGGCCUGCGGGAGCUGCUCAGUGGGUUCGAGGAGAACAAGUGCAGCAUGACCUACAUGUUUGAAUACCCAGAGUACAGGCGAGUUGCUCUACCUCGUCACGUGACCAGACUGUACCCAGCAUACAACCUUUACCUGUAUGGAGAGGGUGUGUAUGCCCAAGAGACCAGAGGGCUAAAGCUCACCGGCGCCCCCGUGCUCUUCCUGCCUGGAAAUGCAGGCAGUUACAAACAAGCUCGGUCCCUGGGCUCUGUGGCUCUGAGGAAAGCUGAAACCAUGGAGGGCAGCGUCCACUUCAACGUGUUCACGGUGGACUUCAACGAGGAGCUGGUGGCCUUGUACGGAGGAAGUUUACAGCGACAGACGCGCUUCCUCCACGAGAGCAUCAAAGCCAUCCUGAGGUUGUACAAGCACCUGAAGAACCCUCCCCACCAUGUGGUGCUCGUGGGUCACUCCAUGGGCGGGGUGGUGGCUCGGGCCCUCUUCACUCUUCCUCGCUUCAACACAAGUCUGGUUAAGCUCAUCAUCACCCAGGCCUCCCCUCACCUGGCUCCAGUACUGGCCCUGGACCCUCACCUGCUGGACUUCUACUCUGCUGUGAGACAGAAGUGGGUGAAGGAGGCAGACAAACUCCGAAACAUCACAGUCCUGUCCAUUGCUGGUGGUUACCGUGACUACCAAGUGAGGUCUGGUCUCACAUCUCUACCAUGUUCCUCAGGAGACAACAACAAACUGUCACUGGUGGCCACUGCGGUUCCCAGGACGUGGGUGUCCACUGACCACCUCUCCAUUGUCUGGUGUAAAGAACUUGUUCUUGCUACAGUCAGGGCCUUCUUCGACCUGGUUGACCCUGAAACCAAACAAUUCACAGCAAACCCCAUGAAGAAGAUGGCCGUCCUCAACCAUCACUUUGUCCGACAUCCUGUCAGGAUGGUUGGAGACACUGACCUCACCCCCACCUCUUUCUCAGAUGAUCCUGAAGCUUGGAGUGAAGUGAACACACUGCGACUGGUCUACAACUCACCAAAGGAAGGACAGGUCAAAUACUUCCUGUUUGCCUUGUCCAGUCGCAGGAGAGUCUACAGUCACUUCUACUGUCGGAGCAGUAACUUGGAGAUGACCGCCUGGGUGUAUGGCUGCACGCACAAGAUCGGUUCCACGUGCGUGCGUGCCGUCGACCUGUCAAUGACGACUGAGCUCCUGCCACCGUACAAGGUUCUGGUCCUGGACGUCAAUGACCUGUCUUCAGUUUCUCACCUGGUGGUGUCAGCGUCCAACAUCAAUGGAAGACAGUUCACGGUGGAGUGUGAGUGGCAGAGACAAGUGUCUCGGACUCUGUCCGUCUCAGUUCCACAUGUCCUGUCCUUUGGGCUGAGCACCAGUGACGUCUCCAUCAACUCCUCUGGUCUCCUUCACAUUAUUGAGCUUCAACAUUUUCACCAGGUUUACCAGGCCUUCAGAAUCACAGUUGAAAGCCAGUGCAAAGUGGACAAAGACAGGUCAGCUAAUGUGUACAGAGUGAAGGUGCCGUGGUUUGGAGAGGACUCUGUCCCCACAGUCAGUGUUCCCUCAGUCACCGAGGUCUCAGGGAUGCUCCAUACGAGUCGCCCAGACAACACAUCAUGUGUCCUCCUGCACAUUCACACUGCCCCCAACUGCCACUAUAAGGUGUCAGUCAGGACUUCACUGCCCAGGAUGCUGGGUCAGAUACUGAGGUUCUGUGGACCUAUGGUGCCAGUGUAUGUAGCUGUAACUCUCCUUUUGGCCUGUGGGGGGCAGCUACGUUCCAUCCAGAAGACAAAGAGAGCCGUAAACGUGAGCAAAGCUGUGGCUGGUGGACUCCAGCUGCACAAAGUCAACCUGCCGGUCUUCAUCCUGCAUCUUCUCCUCAGCUGUGGUCACGUUGAAGACAUCUGGUCCACACUUGGCCUCCCCGCUGCAGACGUCCUCCCAGCCUCCUCUCCUGACACCUCCUUCCGUGAAGACCUGCCCCCCGUUGAGGAGUGGCCCCACCUCCUCUCCCCCCUGCUCUACAUGUUUGGAGCAGCAGUGGCGUACUGGGGCAGCUCACUGCUCAGCCUCCUGGUCCAGGUCACGUCGUUACUGUUGGCUCCGCUGCACAGACCGUCUAUCUCCAGGGACUGUGGAACCCUCCGCCCCUGGACCCAGGUCCUCGUCACUGUGUGUCUGGCUGUUACAGGCAGGGGGUGCUGUGGAGCCGUCUCUGUUUUUGCAGCAUUUUUGCUUCACUUUUAUAGGGUGCUGAGACUGCAAAUGACAGAACGGUCUCUGAGUCACAUGCUCAAUCUGGCUCCCGGGAAACACAGAGGAGCAGAGAACGGCAGAGUUGAUGGCGAGCAGUCGAACAGGUCCAAAGUAUGUAAUGCCCCCCCCCUCCUGCUGUCAGAGUCCACUCUCCAGGAGGUGAGGGACGACCUGCAGCUUCAUCUCUGCCUGUCAGCGCUCUUUACACUUCCUGUCAUGCUCAGUGCUCCAUCAUUCAUUCACUGGUUCCGCAACCUGAGAUAUUCCUGUCACCUGGAUCCUGACCCGUGUUCUCUGUACACUGUUCCACUUGUGAUUGUGUACGUGAUGCUAAUCAACAUCAACACAUCUGCACUGACCCACAGUCUCCUCCUGCCUCUGACCUCCGGCCUGGCUCUGCCUGCAGCCGUGGCUGCCGUGGUCUUCUCUCCUCUUCAUCUCUACAGAGUGGUCUACUUCAUCCUGCUGACCGUGGCCCCCCUGGCCCUGUGUUGUCUUCUCUGACGGCAUCUCCACCCCCACCACCAGCAGCCUGAAGGUUCUCUCUCUCUGAAGGUUCUGUUUCCUGUUCGGAACAGAGCCGCAGAUAAACUCAGUCCGACUCUGUUGACGUCAGCAGUUUAUGUUAGCAUUUACACUGUGUUUCAAUGGAGAGGACAUCAAAGCCUUAGAACGGUGGGUGACAACAGGUGGUCUGCGGCCCACCAUUGACUGUGAUCACAAAUAUCUGGGUCGCCAGAUUAUUUUGGAAAUAUGUAUUUUAAAAAAAUGUUUACACAUCUUAAAAUAAUUUUUGUUUUUUGGGGGGCGUGAAGAACCUGGCACUACCAGAAUACUUCUUGUCAUCUCCUAUCCAUUGCAGCCAGGAGGCGCUGUGGAGCUUCACACUUUAAUCC